CUGGGCUGGUGCUCUACACGUCGCUGGUGCUGUGGGAGUUCUGUCUACGCCAUCCCGAGGUCCGGGAUGUUUGCGACAUUGGACAGAUGCUCUUCUGGAAUAAGCGAUGGGCCUGGUGGGCCACAGCUAUCAUGUUCAUCCUGAACAACACGUUCAUCCAGGUGAGUCCGGAAAAAAGAGCCAAUAGCCGCUCUUGGCCUCUUGAUUCCUGCUGACGGGGGCAUCCUAGGGUCUUCAUGUCUUGGUUGGCGCAAAAUACCUCAACACCAUGACGGAGGCAGACGACGUUGGAUGCCGGACCGUGAGCUUUGGGGUCGUUGCCGCCAUUAUCUGCUGGCUCUUCUCCCUCCCCCGGACCUUUGAUAUGUUGUCCAAGCUCGGCACCGCAUCCGCCUUCUUCACCUUCGUUUCCGUUCUCCUCGCGACCAUUUUCGCCGGUGUCCAGUCCCACCCAGCUGGCUAUGACCCACGGUCGACCUUCACCAACCCCGACGGCACAACAGGCGUCGGUGGGAGUCCGAUCGUGACGGCCGUGCCCGUGCUAGGCACCACGUUCGUCAACGGUUUAGGCGCGUUUCUCAACAUCAGCUACACGUUCAUCGGCCAGAUUACCCUGCCGUCCUUCAUCGCCGAGAUGAAAGACCCGCGCGAAUUCCCCAAGGCGCUCUGGGCCUGCACCAUUGCCGAGGUUAUCCUGUUCAGCAUCGUCGGCGCUGUUGUUUACGCCUACGUCGGGAACCAAUACAUGACGGCGCCCGCCUUUGGCUCGCUACAGCCGCUGUUCAAGAAGGUGUCCUUCUCCUUCAUGAUCCCCACACUCAUCUUCCUCGGCGUGUUGUACGCGUCGGUGUCCGCCCGCUUCGUCUUCUUCCGCAUUUUCCAGAACUCGCGCCACAAGCACGACCACACUCUGGUCGGCUGGGCAACCUGGGCGUCCAUCUUACUGGCUACCUGGAUCGUUGCCUUUAUCAUCGCUCAAGUUAUUCCAUUUUUCUCAUCUUUGCUCUCCCUGAUGAGCUCCCUCUUCGACAGCUUCUUUGGUUUUAUCUUCUGGGGCGUUGCCUAUUUCCGAAUGCGUCGCGCUGAUGGUAGCGUCACUCUCGUGCGGGAUCACACUGUGGCCGGCUACCUGCUGGCCGCGCUCAAUAUUGCCAUCAUCCUUAUCGGCGUUUUCUUCCUGAGCGUCGGCACGUAUGCUAGCGUCGAGAGUAUUAUCCUCGAGUUUGAGAGUGGCGCUGUGGGGAGCGUUUUUUCAUGCGCUAGCAACGGCCUGUAGUUAAGCAAACAGAGAUCAAGUGCCGGCUGCAGUGAUCGGGAAGAGGAAGCAGUGGAUAGUUCCAAAGACCAAGCUUGAGUUGCUUGGUUUCGAGUUCCGUUUGGCGCAAGCUGAUCCUCAAUGGCCGAAAACCAAGCUCACGGCUAGGAAACCUGUCCGUCUCCCGAAGCUGUGCUCCUCGUCUUUCAAGGGAGCUCGAUCAUCCUCUGC